AUGCUAGGACGUAGUAGCCGACUAUUUGAAAAAAUUCCCAAAUUUGACGAACAAACAGAUAACCUAGACUCUUAUAUACGUAGAUUUGAGACCAUAGCGAUAUCCACAGACACCCGACAGGAACUUUGGGGACCGCAACUACUGACAUUAAUAGGGGGUAAAGGGCUAGAUGCAUGUCAGACCCUGACUGAAUCAGGCAUGAAAGAUUAUAAGACAUUAAAAAAGACUUUACUGGAAUUCUACGACUUUACAGAGGACGGUUACAGACGAAGAUACUACGCUAUGAAACCCAAAGACGGACAUGAUUUUAAAGUUUUUGUUAAUGAUCUGACAACGACAUUCGAUAAAUGGUUUGACGCGACCGGUCUAGACAAAACUUUUUGUAAGCUCAAAGAGUUCCUCUUAAUAGACAGAGUACUAACUUUGUGUGACGGACAAUUAUUUGGAUUUAUACAAGAAAGACAACCCCGAGAUCUCAAAAGUUUGACAGAACUGUGUCAAAGGUAUAUGGCUGCUCAUCCGGACAAACGAGUAACUUGCCAGACUGAGCAACCUGACAUUGUAUUUGCCACUAGAAAUGUAUCGAAUAUACAAGUGGGGCAGCGUUCUCGACCCACACUUAGGCAACAGAAUGAUGGCAUGAGGCCUAGGAGUUUGUCCACUAUAGAAUCAAGGCGCUGUUUUGAAUGUGGCACGUACGGACAUAUAGCCAGAAACUGUAACAAUAGUCGACAGAGAAAUAGGGGAGGAAGAGGAGGCCUGCAUCAACAAGUGGGGUACAGAUCAGAUUACAAUAACAGAGCCUAUGUUGCAGUGCUUAACAAGGGUGAUGGGGAAGUUACUUGUUUCACUACGCUUGUAGGCGAGAAGAGAGCCUUGACUAUCAGGGAUACGGGAGCAACACUAAUCGCAGUCAGAGAUACAUUUGUCGAGAAAGACCAAUAUACUGGGACCUGGAAGCAGGUUGAGGUCUUUGGAGGACAAAGGUACAGCUGGCCGGUGGCUAAAGUGAUUGUAAAUACACCGUAUGUGAAAGGAGAGGUGAUGGCUGUAGUUUUUAAAGAUGGCCCAUAUGAUUUGAUCAUAGGUAACAUACAUUCACGAAUGCCACAUUUAGGAAAAGGUGAAAUCAACAAAUGGUGCAGAGAAGAAGUCCUAUUAAUGGAGACCAGACAACAAGCUAGACAAAGACAGAGAGAGGAGACUGAAGCAAAAACUUUGAUUAGUGACCACGGCAUAAUGGAGAACGCAACAGAUAUGUCUCUAGAAGAAAAUGGCAGUGUGAUUCGGGAGUCUCAUAGCGAGAGUCAAAUGUGGUCGCCAGAGGAGUUUCAAGAAGGGCAGAGGUCCGAUCUGUCACUAGAGAAAAUAUUUAAAUUUGCCAUAGAGAAAUCAGUGGUGAAGUCGAAAAAAACGGAACAUUCCUUUCUGAUCAAAAACAACACGUUGGUACGGAAAUAUACAGAUACAAAGGGGGAGCUAAUACAGCUUGUGGCGCCACAAAAAUAUAGACCCCAAAUUUUGCAUCAAGCCCAUGACUUGUCAGUCGCAGGUCAUUUGGGUAUAUUAAAGACAAAACAAAGAAUCCAGACAGCCUUCUACUGGCCCAAUAUGACUAAAGAUGUAACAAAUUAUGUUAGGUCAUGUCAGGUUUGUAUGCUUAAAGACAAACGACCACCAAGACAGGCUCCAUUACAGCGAACAGAUCUAGCGGAGAAACCCUUUGAAAAAAUAGCCAUUGAUAUAGUGGGACCAAUGAACCCAAUGUCAGCCAGGGGCCAUCGAUACAUUCUCACAGUAGUUGAUCUCGCUACCAGGUGGCCAGAAGCUAUUCCUCUGAAGUCCACAACUGCUGAUGAUAUCACGUCGGCAUUGAUUAUGUUGUUCGCUAGAACGGGGCUCCCAGAUACCAUUCUCUCAGACAGAGGACCCCAGUUCGUAGCAGAACUAACCAAGCAAAUAACUGGCACACUAGGAAUUCAUCAAGUAUUUACCUCACCAUAUUGCCCUCAGAGCAAUGGGGUCUGUGAAAGACUGAAUGGAACAAUCAAAAGUAUACUGAUAUAUGGAGCAAAGCCUAGGGGCCCUAUAGACAUUCUGAAAACUUUGGUGUACAAACAGAACAUUGACCCCGACAGCCGCACCACGUACGAGAAAGUGAUAGAUCUCCGAAGCAGAAUCGUCACUGCAUGUCAGGCAGCGAGAGCAGCCCUAGAAGAAAGGGGGGAACUAGUUAGACAAAGAGUCAACAGAGGUCGAAAAUUAAGACUUUUUAAAGCCGGGCAACAAGUUAGGGUUCUUCUCCCUUCAAAAACAAAUAAAUUGCAACUAGCAUGGCAAGGGCCUUUUGCAGUCACGAAAAGGAUAUCCAAUGUGGAUUAUGAAGUUGAAAUUAGAGGGAAAAGAAAAAUUUUUCACUCAAAUAUUCUUAGUGAUUUUCACCUACGACCUUGCGAAUUAGAACUGGCCAACGACAAUGGUACAACUGAAUCGGCAGUGACAAGUGGCAUAGCUCAAAUAGCGUGUGCAUUUCUUUGUGAAGAAAAUGAUGGAGAUGACGUAGGUCCAGAAUUACCGCUACUCCCAAGAGAAAAAGAAGACUGGCAUGAUGUCAAAAUAGGAGCUGCACCACAGGGAGUUAGAAUAAAAAUACUGGAGGUGUUAGAGUCUUUUAAAGACAUAUUAACUCCUACACCAGGAAGAACAACGACAAUUAGACAUGACAUAAAGUUAACGUCAACAAAACCGAUUAAGUUGCGGCCAUAUGACAUCCCAUUACAUCACAGAGAUGCAGUGCUAAAGGAAAUACAUGAGCUACUGGAAGAAGGAAUCAUCGAGAGAUCGGACUCACCCUACUCAGCACCAAUUAUUAUUGUAAGAAAAAAAAAUAAGGACGAGAUAAGAUUAUGCGUAGAUUACCGUCACCUCAACAAAGUAACAGUGCCAGAUUGUGAACCCAUGCCAAAUCCAGAAGAUUUGUUUGUUAAGUUAGCACAAGCAAGAAUUUUCAGCAAGUUAGAUUUGUCUCGGGGAUAUUAUCAGAUACCCCUUACAGAAAGAGCGAAGCCACUCACCGCCUUCAUCACGCCGUUUGGACUCUACCAUUGGAACUACAUGAGCUUUGGCCUCUCCAAUGCACCAUCCACUUUCAACAAACUAGUUCGACGAGUUCUUGAGGGUCGUACAGAUGUUGUAGCUUAUUUGGAUGACAUCUGCUUAUUCCACAACAGUUGGGAGGAGCAUGUAAAGGGCAUACAAUCCCUGCUAUUGUUAUUGAGACAGCAUGGUUUGACGGCCAGACCCAGUAAGACAGAGGUUGGAAUGGGCGAAAUCCAAUUUUUAGGGCACGUCGUUGGUAAAGGUCAAUUAAAACCUGUCCAUGGAACGGUGCAGAAAAUUUUAGAGCUGAAGACGCCUACAUCACUUAAAGAAGUGCGAGCUUUGAUAGGUCUUUGCAACUAUUAUAGGAAGUUUAUCCCAAAUUUCGCGUCUUUGUUGGAACCUAUCACUUCUUUAACGAGAACAAAGACUUACGGGAGAAACACAGACACAGAGCUCAGGACAUCCAAGAAGCUCGCAUGGAAUGAUGAAUGUGAGCAGGCCUUACAGAACUUGAGACAGGCCUUUCAGACGGAACCUAUUCUGAAAUUGCCUGAUGAAUCAAAGCCUUUCACCCUUUUUACUGAUGCCUCAUCCGUUGGCUUAGGAGCCUGCCUUAUGCAGGAAGUACAUGGUGAUUUACAUCCAGUAUUAUAUUCCAGCAGAAAACUGUCGGAAACAGAAAAAAGGUAUGCAGUGAUAGAAAGGGAAUGUUUGGCAAUUGUGUGGGCCAUCAAUAAGUUUUCCAAAUACUUAGCAGGGGCACCAUUUGUUCUGCACACUGACCAUGCACCUCUUAUAGCAUUAAAUACUAAGAAGAUGACCAGUGCAAAACUGACACGUUGGGCUCUGAGUCUUCAAGGCUUUACGUUUCAAGUGGUACCGGUGCCUGGCAAGGGAAACGUUAUUGCAGACACAUUGUCGCGGAAUGUCUAG